AUGGCGCUGCUGCCAGAGCAGCACUUCCUGAACAGGAACAUGGUGGCAGGGCAGGAUCCUCGGGAGGGCUUCCCUGAGUACUGCAGGUGCCGCUGCCCUCGUGCCGACCGAGCCGAGCAGACAUUCUCCGUGAGCCACCCGGAGCGCCUCCUGCGGGAGGGCCCCUAUGCCCACUGCCUGAGUUCGUGUGCGCCGGUCUUCCUAGGUGCCAUCAUCGAGUACGUGACUGCCAAGGUCUUGGAGCUGGUGAGCGAUGAGGCCCGGAGGAGCGGCAGGAGAGGCAUCACCCUGGAGCUGUUGGACGUGGCUGUGCACAACGACGUGCUGCUCUUUGGCUUCUUCGUGACUACAACCAUCUCCCAGGUGGCCUCAGCCUAGCUGUGGACGCCUGGCACCCAGGGGGCCUCACCCGCCCAGCGAUCCUCCAUCCACUCCUGCUAG